CGCAAAGUCAGCUGGGAAUUUCAAUGAAAUUAAUUAAUUUAUACUUGUGGCUUCGUUAACACUUGGUGUGUUGAUUUUAAAAUCCAAUAAGUGCGCAAUACUGAUAUUACUAAUGCCGUCAUAACCCCUUGCGGUCACACAAUAUGAACGUCAAGUUUUCUGUAUACAAUGCACUUAUGUAUUGCAUAUAUUGAUAUUUUUCCUGUAAAGUUUCAACGUUUUUAAUUUCAGAACAUGGCAGAGAUUAAUGAUGAAUUUGUUGGAGAAGAUUGCCUUCUGAAAGUUGAAAAUCCGAGCGGCGGAAGGCAGAAAUGGACAGCAUACAUUCAUACGACGAGAAGACGAUUUCGUUUCAAUUUAUAGACGAGCAUGCAAAAAAGGCAUCUUCAAAGGACGCAGUGAGUUUUAAGACGUUGAUUGAGUACCUACGCAUACCAUGCGAUAGACUCCUGGAACGUGACCUGUACCUAGCCAGAGCCAUAGCAGUUUGGAUCAGUACAAACGUCCACAGCACUGAUGAUCCAGAAAAUGACAGACGCUCCUUAAGUGAGCUUGCAACUACACCAAAAGGCUGUAUGCAACUUCUAAGACGAAAGGAAUUUAAGGAAUGGCAAAUAUUUCAAAAACUUUUUGAUACUGCCGGCAUACAACACCACGUGGUAGAAGGUCGCGUGAAGAACAUACAAUAUCGAGCAGGCGACAAAGAAUUUGCGACAAACAAAUGGAUGUAUUUCAGUUCAUUUGGUCAUCUUCAUCUGAUGCAUCCUGGGUGGCUAGUUAAAGCUGUUGCUAGUUCCAAGCACAGUGACGAGGUAGAGCUUGAAGCAAGUUCCGAAAUUACGCAGAAAAGAAGAUCAACGGAUUUAAGAGAUACAGUUGAUUCAACACUAAACGACUUUUGGUUUUGUACACGCCCUGAUAUUUUUGCUACUCGAUGUCUUCCAAAUGAUUCAGUAUCUCAACUUUUGCCAACGCCAUCUCGCUUUUCAUUUGAUCGAUUCGUAGAAAUAGCCGACCGCCGCCGAGAAUUUUACAGUAGAAAACUAACAUUGCUUUGUAAGAAUACGUGUUGUAUAGAAACACAUGACGGCGAAUGUUCCAUUUCUUUAUUUUCUGUUGGUAAAUCAGGUCAGCGGCUAGAGUUUUUCUACAAUUUUGCCAUGCAUGAAGAGCAGGACCGAAAUCAAAGGGAAGGAACCCCCGAAAGGUCAGCGUUCAAAGACAUGGUACUUCCCCAUGUGUUACACGAGCCGACAGCAAAGUCGUAUCGAGAUACGUUUACUUUUGAUGUACGUUGUCCGCAAAAAGGUGAAUACUGGUUGAGGCUCAUGGUUGGAAGUUCUGGGGAAAACGACAUAUCCAACUGUUGUGAAUUCAAAAUCAUAAGUGAUUCUCCAAGAAUUCACUAUAAAUUUCCACCAAGACAUAGUCUUAGUGUCUGCGGCUAUGGUCCAAAAGCUGAAAAAGCCAGGUUGAAGGAACCGUCCGUGAAGGGAGGAAUGAUAACCGUGGAGGUCAGAGACGAUCCGGAAAUGGAGGAAAUUCUAUCAUUUGGUAUUGCUGACAGCGAUGGAAUUGAUCAUAUUGAAGAUGGUUCAGACACUCUCAAUGAUCCAGACAACGGCUCUGAUGAAAUUGUAGAUUAUGAGACAGAAUUGUAUGGUAGUGACUUUGAUGGUGAGGAUGGGCAAAUUCAGAGCUGUUUCCAAGAUUGCACUCGCACAUCGAAGGAUUUGAAAAAGCAGAAGGUGUUCUUCUUUGCGAAAAUUCCGAAAGCAGGCGAAUACUCCCUCGUUAUAUAUGCCACAUGGUCAUCCAUCAGAGAUGAUCAUAUCAGGAGAGAGGCAGUCGCAUGUUAUUUUCUUACAACAGAUGAAGUAACCAAAGCAGAGGGUGCUACAAAUGUAGAUAACAUAGAUCGUAUUAGCAACACGGAAAACAAUGGGAAAGAAAAUCGUUCUUGCAUGGAUGAUAAUUUUGUAGGAAACGAAGCUAUGUCAUUUAAUCCGAUAGGCAUGCUUAGUGUAUGUGCAGAGGAGUUUACGAACAAACGAGAAAAAAGAAUACAACUUAGAAAAGAAGAAAAAUGUGUUCUGCUGUCAAAUAAAGGCAGAGAAUUCCUAGAGAAGUUACGAAAAGAACACAAUGGUGAUAUUAACUUCAACAUCACAAGUGAAGGUGACCUUAUUAUCCCUACACGGAAUAUAUAUAAGAGAGAGCACCUCCAGGCUAAGGCUGUGGUUGAAAGUAUCAAAAUUUUCCUCUCAGAAGCUACCACAUACAGGCGACGAGUAUCUCUUGAUGAUGCGGAGUACCAUUUUCUAGAAAUGUAUUGCAAGGAUACUCUUCAAGCCGCCUCAGUUAUAUUUGUACCGGACGUUAAAGAGUUAGUGAUCACUGGUACUCUCGAGCAUGUUGGUAAGUCUGUUGAACUCAUCACACAUUUGAAAAGGGGGAUUCGACGAAAGGUUGAAAGAGUCUGUAAAGAAGGAUUAUACACCUUUCUGAUUUCGGAGAACGGAAAGAAUCAUUUAGAAAAUAUUGAAAGGGAAAUGGAAAGCGUUAUUAUCAUAGAGGGUUUUGAAAACAGUUUUGACGGUGAACUUGAGUCAGUUACAGUAAGAGUUUUGGCUCAGAAGAGUGAAAAUCUUGAGACAACACUUCAGCAACUAAGGGUUGUUGAAUUGUCCCAUCCAUUGCUGCAAGAGAGAAACGACAUUUCACAUACUAUAAAAUGUGCACUUUGUGCAAGAUGAACGCUGCAAGAACAAACUCGUCUAUUUCAAUAUUUGCAAAAAUCGACUUUAUUUCUGCAUGUUAAUUACCAGCAGUUGUGAUGUCAUUUGAACAUAGACUACAGACGUCACAGGUGAAAGCUUUGGACAUUUCGAGGAAGCGUAUCAUUAGUAUAGAAUGCCGCAUAAUUUGGGACUUGAGAUAUAAAUGAUAUUUAUGGUUUUCUCAUGGUAUUCAUAUGUAUUAACAGUGUUACUGAAAAAACCUUGGAAAGAUCAUGCAAUGAAUGAAGUAAGCUGUGCUAUGUUUCUGUUUCUGUCACGGCUAUUCGUUUGCUUAUCUUUACAAGGAAAGGUACUGUACUUAUAUUGGUUUAGUCCUGAUGUCUUCGAUGUUGCCAUUUUCUGCAUUUUCAUGAAAAAACUGUUUCAUUGAUCAUAACAAUAUAGAUGAAAUACUUGAAA